UGUAAAAACUUAAUGUUUAAAAAGUCACGUAUUCCAAAUUAUAUCCAAGAAUUUUAAUACUAAAAUUUUCAAGUAACAAUGGAAUUGCUAAAAGACUUCAAAUCAACAGAUGAAAUUUUGAUUCUGAGAGGUACAAACGAAACAGACACUAUUAAAAAAAUACGUGAAAUUUUUAUUAACUCUCAAGAUAUUUCUAAAGAAGAUAUAUUACAAAGAAAUGAAGAAUCGGCUGUUUCAAUAUGCUGUGAAGAAGUUGGAGAUACAUUAAUCUCAAAUAUUUUCAAAGUAUUGACCCCUAAUGGAAAAUUAAUAAUCACAAAAGUAGAAGAUAAAGAACAGACAAAAUUAGAUCUUAUCACAAAAGGCUUUAUGAAUGUUCAAAUAUUAGAAGAAUGUAUAACUGCAAGUAAACCAAAUUUCAAAUCUGGAUCAUCAGCUCAAAUCAAACUUCCAAAAAAACCAGCUGUGUGGAAGCUAGACGAUGAUCUAGAAGAUGAUGUUGAAACAAUAGAUCCUGAUGACUUAUUAGAUGAAGAUGAUAUGCAAAAGCCAGAUCCAACAAGCUUAAGAGUAUGUGCAACAACUGGAAAGCGUAAAGCUUGCAAGGAUUGCAGUUGUGGAUUAGCUGAAGAGCUAGCUAAUAAAGCUAGUAAAGAAGAUGUUACUACGAAAGAUACCCCUAAAUCAUCUUGUGGAAGCUGUUACUUGGGAGACGCAUUCCGUUGUGCUACAUGCCCUUAUUUAGGUAUGCCAGCAUUUAAACCUGGUGAGAAGAUUCAAUUAGUAGGGAAUCAACUCCAUGCUGAUGUUCAACUUUAGGAUUCUUAGUUUAAAUUUUGGUUCUGAAAAGAUAAAAAUAUUAAUUUACUUUUUUAAUAUGUUGAAUACAUCAAUGUUGUAGUGAUAAAAAUAAAUUUUUACUAAAUAUUUUUUUUUUAUUUUUUAAUAAUGAUUUGUGGUGUCAUAUCAACUGUAUUAUUUUUGCAAUAAUAAUAAACAUAAUAUAUUGGAAACUA